ACCGCGGGAUGGCAGAGCCAGGUCCGGAGCCGGGGCGCGCAUGGCGACUGCUGGCCCUGUGCGGGGCUGCAGUGUUCCUGGCGGCGGCCGCGGCUGGAGGGGCCCUGGUGGCCUGGAAUCUGGCGGCCUCGACGGCCCGGAGCCCCCGUUGCCCAGAACCUGAGCAGAUGAAUGCCACGGUGCGGCCCCCAGACUCGGCACCCGAGGUCGAAGAACUGCGGCGACGGCUGGCCGAAGCUGAGCAAGCCCAGAAGAACCUGGUCUGGCAGCUGAAGCGCGCAGAGGGCGACAAGAGGGAGUUGGAGGCUGCGCUCAAGGCCUGCAAAGACAGCCAGAGUCGGCUUCAGACCCAACUGAAGGCCCUGAAGAUUGAGAUGGACCAGGCCAAAGUCAGAGGCACGCAGAUGGGGCUGGAGAACGGAAUGCUGACAGAAGCCUUGGUGCGCUGGGAGGCGACAGCCAAUGAGUCCAAGCAACAGCUGGAAGAGGCACUGCAACGCGCAGGCGCAGCAGAGGCAGCGGGCGAGGCUUGUGUUAGCCGCGAGGUGGCGCUGAGGGAGCACAUUUAUGCUCUGGAAGCUGAGCUUGGCACCCUGCGGAAAGAGUCGCGCCUCCGACCCCGCUCUGGAUCUAGGACCAAGCCUAGCAUCCGCCACCGCCCAAGGUCUGGAUCCACUAAGGGAUGCAGGAGGCCACCUCGAGAUCCCCAGUAGGAUCCCCAUGGGAGCCUCGGGCCAGGACGGUCAGAGUGUGUGAGAGGCGUGGCUCACAACAUCCACGAUCAACUUAACACCCAAGACUUGCCUAGGUGGCAGCACACAGAUACAACCGACCUCCCCACGGGAGCACCCAGUGCUAGAUCAUUACAUAGGGAAACUGAGGCUCAUUUACUCAGGCCCUGAUGUCCCUGGUAAUCAAGACACAACAUUUAUCUCAUAGUUGAAGCUGGGCUCACCCAGUUGGAGCACGCAGAACUCCAGGUGGGAUUUCAACAGAGAACGGAGGCACAUGAAAAUGAGGCUUGCAAAUUCUAAGAAGCCUUGAGGAUCAGGGGCUACAUGAAGAUGCCUGGAGGAGAUGGCCACGGGACAAGAAAAGACAGUGUAGGAAGGGGACCUGGCUGGGUCACACAUCGGGGAAAGGGCUCUCUCUGGGACUCAAAAGAAUCAUUGACAAGUCAAACAAUCCCUCCCCCUCCCCUCUACUCUCCUCCUUUCUCUCUCUUUCCCUUUCAACUAGUCUCCCUCUGAUACCACACUAGCUUAGCCUUGGCUGCCCUUGAAGGUACACAGCACCAUGUCCUCCUCAACAAUCUCGUGUUUGCUUUAUUUCACAGUUUGUGAGCCUUACAACUCAUAUUUAACAGGGUUUUUCUGAGACAUUUUCCUAUAGCUCGUGUUGGCCUGACAAACACCUCCCCUCCUCUGCUGACUUUAGGAGCACUUUACCAAACUUGGCUCAGUUUCCCCGUUUAUGCACAUUUAAUGUGACUUAUCCAGAAUUUCUGGAUAUUUUCCAUCAAGAUUUAUUCUUCAUUUGUUUCUGAGACAGCACAUAGCAGGCAGGAGCAGUACCACAAACACCUCCAGGCUCUGACCCAUGAGGACUGAGGCUUGGGGGAAGGGAGCUGGAGAAGAAGCUUAGCGACUCAGAAAACCUGUUGUUCUUGCAGACACCCGGGGUUGCUUUCUCAGCACCCACAUCACAAACAUGGGAAACUCUGGUCCCAGGGGGAUCCAGCAUCCUCCUCUGAGCUACUUUGGUACCACAUACAGAAGUGUGCAUAUACAUGCAAGAAAUGAGUAUAUACAAAUAAAAACAUUUUAAACGUU